AUGGAUCCCGAGAGUCCCAAAUUUUCAGGUGUCUUCGCUCAAGCGAUGUAUUUUUCGCUUGAGCGAAUUUUGCAGGUUUUCCAGUUCGCCAUUUUCGAAAUCCAAUUCAACGGAAUGAAGGUGAAGCGCGAGGUAAGGGAUAGAAAUGGUUCCAGUGCGGGAAUGGUUGUGGCGUGGGGUGAAAGCGAUGGUGAAAAGGGAAAGUGA